AUGGAUGCUAUCAAGGUGGUGGGAAGCAUAAGAAUGACGUUGGCUUACAUGAAAUGGGGUUGGGAAUUGUUGUUCCACCUCUCCUUCUUCCACCACCGCCACCGCCACCACAGCUACAACUACGAACUCAACCACCAGCAGCCGGAUCACGACCAAGUCCAAGAGUAUUACGAGCCUAACGACGUUGUAUCGGCAACCGCCGAAGAUCUGCGGCAGUCCUCGGAAUGUGCGGUGUGCUUGUCCAAGGUGGAACAAGGCGAAGAGAUACGGAAGCUGACUUGUUGUCACGUGUUUCAUAAAGUUUGUCUCGACAGAUGGUCGACGCAUUCAUUCACAAGGAGGCAUCCUACAUGUCCGCUAUGUCGUCGUCCCUUGAGUAGUACUCCGACCACCAGCCGGGGGAGCGCCGGUGGGCCGGAAGUGGUGCUCUUUGAUUUCGCUAGUUUUGUUUCCUCCGAUCAUGCACUACAAGGGAAUAGACAUAUAGCAGCGCUUUAG